AUGCCUACGAGUGUGCCCAAGACAUCUGCAUUGGGUGUGUGCAAGCAGUGCCAGACCAACGAUGCAGUCGAAAACGUCCGAUCACGACCCAUGUGCAGGGACUGCUUCUGCAAAUACAUCGCCACAAAAGCCGUAAAGCGCAUGGAAAAGUUCCGCACAAGAUUCUCCACCGCGGGCCAGCAACGAAUGCUCCUGCUACCACUCUCCAUGGGCGUAUCUUCGCUGGCACUCCUACACUGUCUGGACGAGCAACUCAAACGCCAAAUCGAAAACACAGGACGCACUGGCUUUGCACUGCAAGUGCUGCACGUGGACAUGACCGCCGUCGUACCCGAAGGACCCUCAGCAGUCGAUCUCGACGCCAUAAAGCAACGCUAUCCAACACACACCUACACCACCAUCCCCAUCUCCUCAGUCAUGGAAGUAGAAGACAUACAAGACCUACUCAAACAAUACAACAUCGAUACCCCCGAGACCGCCCUUGAAAACACCGGCAUCGAAAUCACAAACACUGAUUCCCUACAUACUUUGCUCAAAGCUAUACCCACCGCUACUGCUCGAGCAGAUGUGCUGCAGAUCCUCCUCCACAAAUUCAUCGUCGACUUUGCAAAAGCCGAUCUCUGCGAAGCCAUUCUCUGGGGCGACAGCACAACCCGCCUCGCCGAAAAGACAUUAGCUGAAACUGCAAAAGGACGAGGAUUUGCGCUCGCCUGGUUGGUCUCUGACGGCCCUUCACCCUACGAAAUCGACUUCUACUAUCCUUUGCGAGACUUGCUUAAAAAGGAAAUCCACGCAUAUGCUGGUUAUGUUAGCCCACCACUCACACCACUCGUCGCUGCUGAAGCGCCAUUGGAAACAGCAGUGAGUGCCAAACACAGCACCAUUGAUGGAUUGAUGCGCAAUUACUUUGACGCGGUGGAGAAGAAUUACCCCAGUAUUGUAGCUAAUGUGGUGAGGACGACUGCCAAAUUCGUGGCUCCCGGCGUGGGCGCUGGAGAUGCGAGUUGCAGUCUCUGCGGAUUGCCGUUGUUAUUGACACCCAGGACUGAGCAAGGGUUGGAGUCUGAGGGCAAGGCUCCACCGCCGUUGUGUUAUGGGUGUAUGAGGAGCGUGCCUAUGUUCUCGCCUUGA